AUGAUCAUGUUGGAUUCUAUUCCCUCCCACUGCUCUUUCUUCCCACCACAUCGUCUGCGUGCUUUUGUCACCCCUCAUUCUCAUUCGCCAUACUCCCACUCAAAUUCUCAUUGUGUUACUGGCUUUUCUCUUCCAACUCAUUGUGUUACUGGCUUUUCUCUUCCAACUCAUGCUCGUGACCUGGCCUACAAAUUCCAACAACAGGUCUGUGUGAUGUUCCUGCCCUACACAACCUGUAUGCCAACUCUAACAGGUAAGUACCCUUUCCGACGAGGCAACAACAAUGUGGACGAUCCUGAUCGACAACGACCACAUGACGAUGACCGCUCGAUGACGACAGGUAACGACUGCGUGAUGACUGCCCCACGACAAUGGCACGCCGACCACAUGCAACCACGACCACAUGCAGCAACAUGUGGUGACACAACGUUGGCCAGGAUUCACCACCACCCCCAUCAACACCAAGGAUGGUUCAGCACCCCGUCCCAACACCGACGACAGCUCACCACAUAAACAGUAAACACAGCCUCACCACCAGCACCCACGACAGCCCACCACCCCACGCUGUCAGGAGCCCAUGACCACUGCUCACAAACACCGACGACAGCCGGACACCACACCAAACACAGUACCCUACCCAGAGUGACAACUGCCCAACAACACACACACCCUCCUCCCCCAACUUGCGAACGUCGACACAGAUACCUUCUACCCAACACAAUCCCCUUCUAUCUCACUGUAGCUAUCAAUUACCAUCAUGUAGAUAUUUCUGCUGUAGCCUUUCUUCAAUCAAUUCAAUGUUACUGUUUGGCUCAUUGUGUC